AUGAAGACAACGCUUGCAGCUCUGACACUUUGCCUGGUGGCGCUCAUGGCCACAGCUUUCCCUUUUGAGCGGAAAGGGGCUUCACAGACCGGUGGUGGUGCCAAGGAGAAGCGUGCCCAGUAUGCGGCGCUGGAUGAUGUUAACAUCAUUGCCCACGGCCUGCUGCAGCUGGGCCAGAACCUGAAGGAGCAUGUAGACAAAACCAAAGGCCAGAUGAGGGACAUUUUCACCAAGCUGAAAGCCUUCAACCGCACCGUGGCUGAACUGGGGAAGGAGAGCCAGAGGCAGCAGACGGAGGGGGAGACCCUGAAGGCCCGAGCCGUGGGGAUGGAGAACAGAGAGGGGCAGCUGCUCAACGUCACUGCUGAGCUGAAAGAGAAGGUGGAGGAGAUGCAGCAGGAGAGGAGGACCAUGAAUGAGAGAAUGAGCCGGCUGGAGGAGCGGGUGGACAGCAUGCUGCAGGGCCACAUGAAUGCUGGUGCCAGGAACAACAGUGAUGGACGCAGCAUCCAGCUCAUGCUGGAGGCUCAGAACAGACGCAUCGAUGAUUUGGUGGAGCGCAUCAGGCUCCAGCAGGAGAAGCUCGACAAGCAGAACAUGCGCAUCAGGACGCUGCAAAGUCAGAUCCAGCAGCCCGGACAGAGGCCCUCACCGCGGAGCAGCGGCACCCAGGGCCCCGCGCAGAGCGGCGCAGAGCAGCAGCGCGACUCACCGCUUGAGGUUGCCACAGACUGUCAUGAACUGUUCCUGAGAGGAGAGAGCACCAGCGGGGUCUACGCCAUCCAGCCAGUCGACUCGGAGCCCUUCAAUGUCCUCUGCGAGAUGACAGCUGAUGCUGGAUGGACAGUCAUCCAAAGACGGCAAGAUGGCUCGGUGGAUUUUGACCAGCUGUGGGAGGCUUACGAGAAAGGCUUUGGCAGCCUGAACGGAGAGUUCUGGUUGGGCUUGGAAAAAAUCCACACCAUUGCCAAAAACAGCAACUACCUCCUGAACGUCAGAUUCUCAGACUGGGGGGAUGACUCAGCAUCUGUCCGCUUCCCGUUUGAGCUUGGUGGAAGGGAAACCAACUACUCGCUCCUGAUCCGGGAGACUGGCGCUACUGAUACGCUGGAGAGCUCCAUGGCAACAGACUCGGCCCUCGCUCUGCCUUUCUCCACCCGGGAUCAAGACAAUGACCGGAAAGCUGACGUCAACUGUGCCAAACACCUGUCUGGUGGUUGGUGGUUCAGCAACUGCGGUCGCUCCAACCUAAAUGGGAGAUACUUCCAGAGCCCUCCUCCCAAGCAAAGGCACCAAAGGAAGCAAGGCAUCUUCUGGAAGACUUGGAGGGGACGCUACUACCCACUGAAGUCGAGCAUAAUGAUGAUUGCUCCCGCCGCCAUCAACAAAUCUUAAAGAGCUGAGAGAGACAAGGAGGAAAACAGAAAAGUUGGGAGAGAGAAGCAGAUUCUGGACAGUCCGUUCUAUUCUUGUAGAUGUGUUUUUGUGGUAGAUACACCCAACUCUUUGGUUUCCUCUUUGUGAGGGGAAAUCGACACCAGAGCCAUGGGGCUGAAAACAGGAGGACAAACAAGCUCAGUUUAAAAGAGUUUUUAGUGGCCUGUUGUGUGAAAACACAGAGACUUUGCUUAUUACUCUGAGAAACCUCAGCCAGGGACUGAGGCUAAAACCAAAUGUGCAGUGGGAUUUUUUUCUGAAAUGUUAUCCCAAUGAGGUUUCCUCCUGCAGAUGUGAGCAAGUCUGGGCUUGAGUCACCGAGCAUUUUCCAACAAGCUCAGACGCCUCAGUCAGGAGGCUGUGGCUUACUGCUGAGGUUGUGUAAAGCAAACGGGACUGUUAGCCUCAGAUCAGCUGCAGAACUGCUCUGUUUCUGUGCACAACGUGAAACGCUGGGUAGCUUUUCUAAACCACAAGCUGGGGACCAAAUAACCGUCUAAAACACAAACAUGAUGAGACUGGCGUUUGAUCACUGGGUUAGCUGUCGUCAGGCAGCUUUAUGCUAUGUUGAUGUCGAUAUUACUCCCUGUUCCUGCCUUUUUUACUGCGUUACUUUAUGUUCUAUAGUCAGAGUCAACUGAAACUAUUCUUCACUAUUUUUUCUGUGGAGAGUUUGAUAUUUAGUCAUAUUGACUAGAUGUCCCAUGAAUGGCAUUGUUUGUACAUAUUUGAAAAAUUAUUUUUUUUUUUAGAAAGCAUCUGUUUCUGAUCUUUGCCAGUCGACUUCAGAAUUUGACGAUUUAGAUGUUUGUUUAUUUCUUAUUUAAAACCAUGUAGCUACUAUGUGCUGCAUUCUGUCUGUAAUUUAUGUUGUUUGGGGGUGGGGUUAGAAGACAAAUGACAAUUUUGGCCAUAUUGAGCCAAUAAAACUGAUUUAAGCAAAUAUU